AUUAUAAAUAGCUUCAGUAAAUUUUCUUCAGUUGUAAAACUCUCUCUUGUGAGCAUGCAAGUAUGUGUGUCUGUGUGAGAGAGAGUGAGAGAAGCAUGUGUGAUUGCAUGGUGGCAUGAGUAAGAAUCUUGUGGCAUGGAGAUGCAUUCAUUUUCAGGUAUAAAAUGUUUAUAUAUAUGUCAUGAACCAGCCUGGUUCAAGGCCAGAACAGCAGCUGAAGCGGGUAUACAUAAUUACAGAGGGGCCGUGGUCAAUGGAAGCGGACAGCGAAAGGAAGCCUUUCUGUCCGUUUCUACUUGAAAGAUCGCCGUGUCUGAUAGAGGCGAUCGAGGCCCAGGGUAAACGGGUGUAGAUAAUUACAGGUGGGCCGCAGUCCAUGAAAGCGGACAGUGGAGGGAAGCCUCUCUGUUCGUUUUCAUUGAUGUGACAGGUCACCUUGAUUGAUGUAGGUGAUCGAGACCCAGGGUAAGGGGGUGUAAGGUGUAGUAGUAGAGAAUAGCGCGGUGGUCAGUAGUGGCCUUAGUACUAGAGAGAUAGCGUUAGGACCAGGGAUGAGGGGUGGCGAGUAGCCACGUGGCCUCGUAGUAUAUAGUUAGGGUUAGAGGGGUAGUCGGGGCUUUUUCCCUCGUGUUCCAGCAGAGACAUAGUCUCUGAGUGAUUGUCAGUCGCAGGCAGCAGGUCUGAAAUAGGGAAGCCCGUUCAGUCAGAACGUAUCACUACCUGCUGGCACUUGUGAUCUGGUGGAGUAGAGAGGAAGGUGUGCGCUGUAACCAAGGGUUAAUUCUCCCAUCGACAAGUGGGGAGUUUACUGUGUCCGGCAGCAAGACGUGCGAGGCAGCGGUUGGCAGACCCCACCGUGCCACCGGUCCAGGUGGUUACCUACAGAACAGCCUACAGUCAUCUCUACUAAGAAUAUCGUCGCUGCAUCCAUUGCCUGGGGCAACUGGGUGGGACAGUGACAAGAAAUAAUCUACGAGACCGGGUGUAUGCAGGCAGCUGCACCCGUCUUCAGGAAACAGCGACUUCCAGUUCAGAAGUCAGCGCUACUACGAGUAUCGUCGCUGCACCCGUUGCCUGGGGCAACCGUGGUGGGAUAGUGACAAGGAAUCGCCUAGAAGCCCGGGUGUACGCAGCCAGCUACACCCAUCUUCAGGAGGCAACGAGUGAAGCAGUCGAGUGGGACUAUCAGUACGAUAUUAUUCCAAGACUGUGAAUUGUGUGUCAGAGACGGACCGCGUGUCCGGACUUAUGUGCAGAUACGUGCAGAUACGUAAGAUCAUAUUAUUUUCUCAAUUCAUUGUUUAAUUGUCUUCAUGUCAACCUAAUGUUCUUUUGUUUUAAUUAUAAUCUUUUACUUUGUACACUGCCUUGUCAGUUGAGUGUUUGCGCACGCGGGUGUGACUGCUAGUCAGGACGCGUGCGGACGUGUGAACGGGCGGAUGAGAGGUGAGGGUGAAAGAGGGUGGAGCGAGCCAGCCAGAGGACCCCUUUCCCCUAAGGGCGAGUGAGGCCCAUCCCUCUACAGCCACGCACUGUUUUCAUCACAAAUGGGGGCUCGAGCCGGGAUCUGAAUGUUUAGGUUGACCAUUUGUUUUCAGGUCCAAAGAAGAGGUCGAAAGUGCGAGUGUUGUCCUUCGUCCUAUGUCGUAUCACUCUUUAUACAUGACAUGUUGUUGAACCUAGGAUUCUGUGUGUAUUGAUGUAUUUUACUAUGCUAGCUAACUUGUGUGACUAUCAGAAUUGCUUAAUUAAUUGCUGAUUUGACAUCAAUGCGCAUCGAUUGUAAACAGGUUGCAAGUGCCCAGCAAGUAGCUGAAGCAGAAUAAGUGAUCAGGGGAGCUGUAGGGUCUCUAGAGUUAGUUACGAUGGAUAAGAAAUUCUGUCUAACGCGCCGUGAAAAGUUUAAGGAGUUGAAAGAAGCCGGAGUAGAGCGUGGGCUAGUAGGAAAAGAUUUAUGGCAGUAUGUAGACAGAGAGUUGGACAAAUGGUGGGAAGAAAAAAAAGAGGAGAAAGAUCGAGUCGAGCGCGAGCGCGAAAGAGAGUACGCUGAACGCGAGAAAGAGCGCGAGAGGAGGAGAGCUGAGCGCGAGAGAGAGUACGCUGAACGCGAGAAAGAACGCGAGAGGAGGAGAGCUGAGCGCGAGAAAGAGCUAGAAGAACGCGAGAAAGAGCUAGUAAUGCGCGAGUUUAUAGAGAUGUUAGAAGAAAUCUGCGAAGAGAAAGGUAAAACUGAGGAAGAGUCACGAAAGUUUAUAGAGUACAAUUUAAAGGGCUGUCGCUGGGGAACGAUAGCCGAAGAGAGAGAGGAAAAGACUAGAGUAGAGGAGGAAGAUAGAGUUGCACGCGAACGCGCGCGAGAACGGGUCAAAAGCCAGAAGGCUGGAAAGGAAAAGGAAGAGCGAACAAAGCGUGAGAAAGAGCAAGAAUUUCUGAGAGAGGUGUGCCGGUUAGGCAGAGUCAGCUUAGAUGACAGUGAUCCGGCCGAGGCAGUUACUUACAGGUCAGAGCGCGGGGUGGUGGCCGCUGUUAGCUGUUCUAGGUAUGGGGGUGCAGGGCAUGACCCGAGGUCUUGUCCCCAACAGUCCGAGAGGCUGAGGAGAUCUGUAGGUGUGAAGUGUUACAGCUGCGGGGUGGUAGGGCACUAUGCGCGCAGUUGUCCCCGUGGUUAUGAGUUACGUGAGGCUGUAACCACGAGGGGGGAGAAGCUAGCUAGCGAGGUAGAUGCUAGCAACGCAUACGCUAGUGACAGGAGUGCUACCGAUGUACAGGUUAGCGACGUAGGGCCUGGCGAUGCGGUGACCAGCGGCGCGUAUACUAGUGGUAGAAAUGCUGCUGAUGUUAAGGUUAACGAAGUGAAUCCUAGCAAGGAAGAAGCUAGAGGAGUAGAAACUGGCGAGCAGGCCAGCGGGAAGGAGGGGGUUUUCCCAGGAGGGGGGACUACCCGUGAGAGAGGAGGGUUAGGAGGUGUAGAUUUUCCUAAUCUCCUCGUGAGCCAAGCCGAGCACAGUCACGCUGUUAGGCAACUGCAGGUACAGGACCAGGGUCUUAGGAAGACGCGAGAGCUGGUUAGCGGUACUAGGGCAUUGCAGGCAGCAGGAAGUGGCGAUCGCGAGAGGCGAGUGCCGGUUGGUAGAGCGGAUCUGCUGCAGGCGGGUGACACUGGCAAACUUGAGGAACAAGUGCCAGCUGUCGUUAAAGAACCGCUGCAGACAGGCGACGGUGGUAGUCUUGGAGGUCAAGUGCCAACCGUCGUUAGAGGGCCGCUGCAGGCGGUUGACAACGGCCAUCGUGAGAUGUGGGAGCCGACUGUCUUUGAGGUGCCGUUGCAGACGGGAGACACUGGCAAUCUUGAGGAACAGGUGCCAGCUGUCAGAGAAGUACUGUUGCAGCCAGAGGACUGUGGCAGUCCGAAGAGACUGGUGCCAACUGGCAAGAGUGGUACAGACUGGCACCGGCUGGUACAAACCAAAGACGGCGCUGAUCCUGGAGGCCAGGAUCCAAAGGUCUUUGAGGUGCCAGUGCAGACAGGAGACACUAGCGAUCCCGAGUGGGGGGUGCUAGCUGUCCGCUGCGUCCCAGUGAUCGCAGACGGCGAGUCGGGCCUAGGUGUGAAACCGGCAGUAUCGCCAGCGAAGAGGGACGGGGAGGUGUGGGUGACUAUACAGACAGUGGUUGUCAAAGUAAGCCCCACACUCGCAGAAUGUGUGGAAACUCCCAGAAGUGACCGCACGUUUGGAGCCGUACAGAUGAAGAGGCACGACGAGAUGCAACUGGAGGUGCAGCAGCUGGAGGAAGCCAUUCGUCGCAGCAAUACAACAUAUGAAGCGGCGAAGAGACUGGAGCAAGCAAAGCAGAAAGAGUUGCAAGAUUUGCUUCGAGCGAUUGCCGACAGAGAGCGGGAACAUAAAGACGCCCGAAAGGCUCUGAAUCGUGUGCGGAAGAAAAUUAGAAAAGAGGAAAACAAACUCAACAAGUUAGUGUCUAAUACAAACACCACCCUGGGUCGGAUCCGGACAGAUCUGGUCAGUAAGCAAGAGCUGGACAAAACAAGUCAGACACGUCUACAGCGCAGAAAGGAGGCCAGCGAAAUGUAUGCAAAUGAGAAGUUUGGUGAGGUGCAGAACCCUAUUCAUAAACUAGAGAAGAAGAUUGGGGAACGCAACAAGGGGAAGAAUGAAGUGGCCAAGACUUUGUCAGCGUUAGUAGAGGGAGCACAGAGGCUUCACAAGGACGCAGCCGAGGUGCAGGCUCUCUUAAGGGAAGAGCAAGCCUGGUCUGGAAACACACUGACUGACAUCCAGCAACAGUGGGGGCCGAGGAAACAGCACCCACAUCAAAAUCAAGAGAGGCGGCGGGCACAGGCAGAAGUGGCAGCCAAGCCGCGGGUAGUGCAGCAGGUUUCCAGUCCCGUCAACAAAAGCAGUUCUCAGUUGAAGCUCACCUAUGCGAUGCAGAAGCUGGAGCAGAAUGAGCUGGAGAACUUACGGACACAACUUGCAGAGGAAACGAGUGACUCUGAGAGAGUCCGAGUAGGUGUGAAAAUGCACUAUCAGUUGAAGGCGAGGGUAAAGUCGCCAACGAUGCAUCAGACUGGCGGCUUGCACGACCUAAGCCGGGUCAGCAAGCCAGCGAACCAGCAGGGUAAGGGGUCAAGAAGCGUGACCGGCGAAGGCACGCUCCUCACGGCUGGGUCAGAUAGGACAUCACGUGAUGUCAACAAGAAAGGUGGGGCCGCAUCGGUAGAGAUAGGUGAAACGCUUUUUGCCUCAGGUGGCCAGCGCGAAAGGGUGCAGCGUGACCAGAAGCGCGUAGCGGUGCCCUUGAUGAGGACACCGCGAGUAGGUCCGGUGUGGCCAACGUCAACGCGUUGCUCAUGUAAUGAACAGUAGUAAGUAGCCUGCGUUAUCAGAAGUC